CCCGCCCCUUCCCCGGCUCGGGCCGCUGCCGGAAGCGCCGGUCCCCGGGGCUGUCCCCGAGCGCCAUGGGGGACGCCGGGGUGGCCUUGUCACACGCCCUGCUCUGUGUCACCAGCCUGGGCUGCGCCCUGCGAGCCAGACAGGUGACAGGUGGCCCGGCCGCCGGUUUCCUGCUGCAGGCGCUGGUGGCCGCCGCGGCCGCGCUGUCCCCUCCGCGCUGUCCCCUCCGCGUCCCCGAUGUCCCCGAGGUGCCACCUCCGCCGGGCUCCUGGCUCUGCUCCGUGCUGGCCCAACCCUUGGUGGCCUUCGGGUGCCACCGCCUCGGCGGGGACGGCGCCACCGCCACCCUGCUGCUGGCCGCGGGCACCGCGGUGGCCGCGCUGGCGGCGUGCUGGCCGCGCUUCGUGGCCGCGGGUCACUUUGUCCCCGCGGGUCACUUUGUCACCGCGCUGACGGCCGGCUCGCUGCUGGCGCUGGCGGCGCUGACCGGGAGCGCGGCCGGCGCGGUGGCCGCGGCGCUGGUGGCCCUCGGGGACGCGGUGGCACCGUGGGCUGUGCCCUGGGUCAGGGUGGCGGCCAGCGCGGCGCUGCUGGGGACACUGCGCCAGCAGCGGGUGGCACUCUGGGGACACCAGGAAAGGCACGGUGGCACCCAGCUGGUGGCACUGUGGUGGCUUUGGGUGACGCGGGGGGACACUGGGGUGGUGGCACUGUGGGGACACCAAUAAAGGCAGGAUGGCAGCC